UUCUAUACCUCAACUGUUGCAUAUUGUAAUUAUUUUACGCGAGCAAAUAGAAUUUAAAAUGACAUAAAUAUGUUGCGAACUAGUCAAAGUCAAGCCCAACUUCUGUCGCGAGGUUGUGUUUAUUUAGCACGAGGCUUAGCUGCACUAAAUAAGCAAUCCAACAAAGAGGAUAACCCAAAGCCGAUCAAAUCAAGCGGACUUGAACGGACAACGCAGGAUUCCUUGAAUCCUAGCUACUUGGCGCGAACCCUAGGCAGCAGCUAUCGCACUUGGGCUCAGGCACUAGAAAAGCAUCCUGAGCUGAAAACGGUCAAGCGAAAAGACCUGCUCAAUUCCUAUCACACCUUAAAAUCGUUGAAUUACAGCGUCGAUGAUAUUGUUACAAAACCGAUGAUUAUUUAUUAUAACGCCUCAACACUUGCCAAUCGGCAUAGUGUGCUCAUUGAAUGCGGAUUCCAAAACAUCACCAUCCCAACGCUUUUUAAAUACGUUACUGUUAUAAACAAGCCAAUAGAUAUGCUGAAAGCACACAAUUGUAUACCGUAUGAUGUUAAUGUGCCGGAACGUCUCAUGAAAUGCUUUACGACUGUCCAGCUGAAUAACUUCCACUUGCAAGAACACCUUGAUGAAAGCGUCCCCUUAAAGGCCCUAAGACAAAAUUUACUAAAUGCAUAUUUGCGCGAACGUCUUCAAAUGGAAGAUGCGGAUUUGCAGAAGAUGUGGCGUGUAUAUGGGCGAGUACGCCACAAGAGUUUCCGGUCCGUGCAGGAUAUUGUCGAGUUGCUAACUACAGUGUUUAAGUUUCCAGCUGAACGGCUGCGUAAAAAUAGUUUCCUUCUGCACGGGGAUGCAGACAACGUUCGUCGUAUUCUUAAGGAGAUUCCCACAAUUAAUGACCAGGACAUUCGUGAUAUUGGAUAUCGUCGGCCAAAAAUUCUAAUGUCCACUUGUGAUGGUCUUAAGCAAACACUGGAGCACGUGAAAUCCUUCGGCAUUAAAGAGGAUGCUGUUCUUCGAUGUCUUGAAGUGCUCACUCUAGGACCAGAUACUGUCUUGGAGCGCCUGCGCGAUCUAAAUGAAAUAGAGCAGUUUCAAGUGCUGGGUAGCAAUCCGCGCGUGCUUCGCCUGGUACACUAUCAGAAUAAAGCACGUUUGCGUCUGGACUACUUAAACCAGCUCCGUGUACGCUGUGCCUCGUUGCAUAUACUUUCAUGCGGCUCGGAAGCCUUUGCCAAAUUUGCACGGGAUGGCUCGGAUCGUACAAAAGGUCGUGACAUUGUAAUUUAUCUGGGAAAUAUUUUAGAAAAAGAUGAACAAUUGCUACGCAAUGUGCUGUCGCGGCAUCCGAACUGGUGUCACAUACCCGUUAUUCAUAUCAAGCAAUGUCUGGAAUACUUACUAAGUAAAAAAUUUAAACUAGAGGACAUAUUCCAAAACAUACACUUGCUUUUGUAUCCCAUCAAACGGAUUGAGGAAAAAUUGCUGCUAUUGCAGACCCCGGAAAUUAUGGAAGAGCUUCAACUGCCUGUUCCCAAUGUUCACGCUCUGGAAAAUAAUGAGAUAUUAACAUUGAUUUUAUAUCUGAUAGAAUCGGAAUUUCAUUUCACCGGCGAUGGUAUUUGGACUGAACAGCAUACGCAUCACGUGGAGAAUUUUAAUAAUCUUUUGCCUGACUUUCCCGAGAGUCUCAACAAAGUGUACAAAUAUGGAGUAAAGCCAGCAGAGAAGCUAUCCGUGCAUUAUUUAUAA